UCUCUCUUCUUUCUUCCCAUCGCCUCUUGUCCAAUUCUUCCGAAUCACCCGUCAGAUUCAUACCCUUCAAGAUGUCUACCGAGCAGACCUUCAUUGCCAUCAAGCCCGAUGGUGUCCAGCGCGGACUCAUUGGCCCCAUCAUCUCCCGCUUCGAGCAGCGUGGCUUCAAGCUUGCUGCCAUGAAGCUCGUUACUCCCUCCAAGGAGCACCUCGAGGCUCACUACGCCGACCUCAAGGAGAAGCCCUUCUUCCCCGGCCUUGUUACCUACAUGCUCAGCGGACCCAUCUGCGCCAUGGUCUGGGAGGGCCGUGAUGCCGUCAAGACCGGCCGCACCAUCCUCGGUGCCACCAACCCUCUUGCCUCCGCCCCUGGCACCAUCCGUGGUGACUACGCCAUCGAUGUUGGCCGCAACGUCUGCCACGGCUCCGACAGCGUCGAGAACGCCAAGAAGGAGAUCGCCCUCUGGUUCAAGCCUGAGGAGGUCCUCAGCUGGAAGUCCGCCCAGUUCGACUGGGUCUACGAGAAGGCUUAAAUUCCUCCCACGAUUCAUAGCUGUAGCUUGAAGAUGGGUGUGGUUGAUAGAAAAGCCACAAUGACAUAUGGAAAAUAGAAUUCAAUAAAAUAUAUACCAUAUCAUAUUCCUGCAUUUCCUAGAGUUAAAUUACAUGUACGGAGCACAACCCCUCAUGGCAGUUACUACUGCUGGUAACCACUCCUACAUAUGCACAUGUACGCGAUAAUGCGCAUAUGCCAGGAUAAUGCCCGGAGACUUUCUCUCCUUACUUCCUCCCAAAUAUCCUUCCCGCCCUGCUCGUAAGGGGGUGUACUACAACUCUUGCAAACCACGGCGUCGCCCAGACACUGGUCGCAAUGCGGAGAGGCAGCAAUGCCUUUGUGAUGGCAUACGCAGUCGCGAACUCUAGGACCAGAUGUACACCUCUUUGCUCGCGAAUCGAUGCUUUCUCACCAGUCUGAUU